UCCACCGCCGCCGCAGCUCCACGGUCCUUCAAACCCUUCGUCUGCUUCAAGGUUUGUGUCUUUACCUGCUUCAUUUGUACUCCGUGAUGUCUAUGCUUGAAGUAAUUACCAAAGCUUCGGUUACAUCCGACCAGCUAACUUCAGAAUCACAAUACCCGAUAGUUCUUAAUCCAGACUCUGUUCUGCUCAACUUGAAACCUCAAACCGAAGAAUCAAACGAUGCUUCAUUCAUUAAACGCGUUGAGGGAUGGAAAAUUUCUCAAACAGAUACGGAGGUCAUAGAGUUAGGGCAAAAGUUCUUUAAGAAGUUGAAAAUCAAGCUUAAAAACCCUAACUCUUUCAGUAGGGUUGAAUUCAUCAGCAUAUUCAAUUCGUAUCUGGAGAAGAACAGCGAGAAACUAGGGAUUUCGAUAGGGAUUGAACCCAAGGAUGAGGGUUAUACUAAGGUACUUGUACAAAAUGUAGGGUUUGUGAUGGGUCAGGCUGUUGUAGAUUUGGUGUUAGAGGCUUGUUUUGCGUUUGAAAUUUGGGAGAUAUUAGAACCUCUGAUUGUUGGUGGGCUAGUUGAUGGUCCGUGUUCUAAGAACUUGGUCCGUAAUUCGAUUGAGAAAAGGAGGUCAGAUUUGGUUUGUUUUUGUGUUAAGCAUGUUUCUGAUCUUCAAGUUUCUGAUAUACUUUCGGUUUUGAAGUUUUUCCUGUCUCCACCUAAAGAUGCCUACACUACCAUGAAUGCUAUAAGGAAAGAAUGGGAAAUCCAAGCAUUAUCAGCUAUGAAAAUGGCAGUGGACAAAACUGUUGGUGAGAAGAAUUCGAAUUUGGCAAAGGAUGAUGUGAUUUUGCUCAUGUUGGCUUAUGAUCAGUUCACUGUCAAUGAAUUGUGCUUGCAUUAUCUGCUUGCAUCGCCAAAUCUUGAUGAUGUGAUAUUCCCAGCUUGCAUUGGUCAGUUAAAUGGUUCAGAGAUUAUGGGUCUGUUACGUUACUUGAAGAAAUGGUUGGAGAAGUAUCAGAAGUUCCCUCAAGCAUGUCAAGGUCCUAAAGCUCCGGCUACCCAUGGGUUAAAAGCUUCCGAGUUGGUUCCUUCACUUGAACAUGUUACCAAGUGUUUUGGGUUGGUUCUUGAUGAACAUUUCUCCUCAUUGGUCAUGCAUCCGGAGUUUUGUGAGGAGGUGAUAUCCAUUGAGUUGAUUGUCAAUUCUUUGGUAUCGGAAGCAAGAUUAUGUUGUACAUUGGCAAACUUAACUUCAAGUUUGAAAACCGAUGUUAAAGGUACGAAUUAUUAGGUUUUUGCAACGCAUAUCACAAGAAACAAAAAGAGUAAAGACAUGAUAUGGGAGCAUGGGACUACAAGGGAGAUGGGAUUUUGGCCCUAAAUUAUCUGUUGUGUUUUGGUGAACUUUGAAAUAGAGGUGAAGAUUGAGAGAAUGUAGAAUGAAAAAUGUCUAUUUUUUUUGGAUUUGUAUGAAGCAAAAUGGAUGUUUUUUGCUGUUGAAGUUUUGGAGCAUGUGGGGUUGGCAGCUUAUAUCAUCAAUACAGACCUUUUUUUUGCA